ACUGGGCCUCACUCAGAUCACACACCUCACCUUCCCACUUGGUUCGCCUCCUUCCGCCGCCGAAGAAGAAGAACGGCAGCCGCGGGACUCUGGUGGUUCCACCGAAGAACAAUCUCUCCCCCCCUCCCCGACGCGUCGAUUGCCAUUGGAUUGGUGAUUUGGUGACCCAUCCCAACUUACGGUUGUUUUCUUACGUUGGUAGCCUUGCAUUGCUAAGUCCUGAUUCACCAAUCAUUAAAACUGACCUGGGGACUUCCUUGUUUGUAUUUCAACGGGGAUAGAACUGUGAAGAACCUCGGCUGCAUCAUCAUCUUCUCAGGGUCACCUUGAUAUCCUAACGAAAGGCAGGCACCCUGUGCUAGUGUUGCUGAUUGUUUCCUAAAUAUGAGAACACAUGAGCGAGUUGCCAAUUUGGCUCUUGCAGGUUUGAGCUUGGCACCACUUGUGUUUAAAGUAAGCCCAAAUGUGAAUGUGAUAUUGACUGCAUGUCUUACCGUCUAUGUGGGCUCUUACCGUUCUGUCAAGCCAACUCCACCCUCUGAGACAAUGUCCAAGGAGCAUGCUAUGCGGUUCCCUUUAGUGGGAAGUGCUAUGCUUUUGUCACUGUUCCUUCUAUUCAAGUUUCUCUCAAAAGACUUGGUCAAUGCUGUGCUCACUGCCUACUUUUUCAUUCUUGGCAUUGUUGCUCUCUCUGCAACGUUGCUUCCUUCUAUAAAACGUUUCCUUCCAAAAGAAUGGAAUGAUAAUGUCAUUGUUUGGCAGGCCCCACUUAUACACUCGCUCUCGGUGGAGUUCACCAAGUCACAGAUUGUUGCUUCAAUCCCAGGAUUUUUCUUUUGUAUGUGGUAUGCCGCUAAGAAGCAUUGGCUAGCAAACAAUGUUUUGGGAAUUUCUUUCUGUAUUCAGGGGAUCGAGAUGCUAUCUCUGGGAUCAUUUAAAACUGGUGCUAUUCUCUUGGCUGGACUUUUUGUGUAUGACAUUUUCUGGGUGUUCUUCACUCCAGUUAUGGUCAGUGUGGCUAAAUCUUUUGAUGCUCCAAUAAAGCUUCUGUUUCCAACUUCAGAUGCUGCACGGCCAUUCUCUAUGCUUGGCCUUGGUGACAUUGUAAUACCUGGUAUAUUUGUUGCACUUGCCCUGCGUUUUGAUGUCUCAAGAGGUAUCAAGAACCGUUACUUCAAUAGUGCAUUUGUGGGAUACACUGUGGGUUUGACGGUGACUAUCAUUGUCAUGAACUGGUUUCAAGCCGCACAGCCUGCUCUGCUAUACAUUGUUCCUGGUGUGAUUGGUUUUGUUGCUGUUCACUGCUUGUGGAGUGGAGAAGUAAAACAGCUACUGGAGUUUGACGAGGCAAAAGCUGGAGCGGAGGAAGCAGGUGAAGAAGAUGUUGAUAGUACCAAACAAAACAAAAAGGUGGACUAGCAUCCAGGUGUUGAGAAAAAAGAAAAGGAAGGCAGAACUUGUCGUGUAAGGUCGUUGCCAGCUAAAUAGGCUUCAUGACCUUUGAUACUGGCUCACUUUAGAAUUUAAACAUGAUUCACAUGAUAGAACUUUUUUUGCUUUUGAGAAUUAUUUGGUCCGGUGAGUAGAAGAGGAGGAAAUAGAUGCUGAGAGACUUGCAAUGCCUUCACCUACUAUAGAUGCUGAGUACUGUUUUUUUUGUACCGAAUGACUUGAUCAUCUUGGUGGCGUCAAGGGUUCAUCAGAUUUCUGAUCUGGCAAUGUCAUUCCAUAAUAUUUCCUUUGGUA